AUGAAGCUUUACCCGAAUUUGGCGGAUCACCAGGUGUCCCUGCUGCAACAGCUUCAAGACUUCCGGUCCAACGAGUUCCGCUGCGACGUCACGCUGCGAAGCCGCGAUGGGCGCCUUCACCACGGCCACGUCCUCGUGCUGUCUGCUGCAAGCUCCGUGCUCAAAGCCAUGCUUUGCGGAGACUUCCACGAAUCGCAGCUGGUGAAAUCCGGAGAGGCCGAGAACAUCGAUGCGUCCGGUGGUGCCGUUGCCGCCUUUUUGGACUACAUUUACGGAAAGGAAGCAUGCAUUGACACUACUGACGAUCAAGUGGAGCUGCUGAAACUCGCAAGCUCCUAUGGUUUGCCGAAUCUAACAGCCUGCCUUGCUGCAGAAUGGCAGGCAUCGCUGGACAGCGCAAGCGCACUGAAGCUUUUGCCCCACGUUUGGACUCACAGCGAAUGUUGUAAUCUCGCGAAAUCAUGUGAACAGCAGAUCCUGGGUGACUUUGCGCAAUGUGUUGAGAGUGAGGACUUUGUUCAUUUGACGGUUGGGCAGCUUGGAAGCAACUUGCAAAGGCAUGACCUUCAUGUUGCAAGGGAGGAAACAGUCCUUCAAGGCGUCUUCAAGUGGGUCAGCGCGUCGACAGCAGAGAGAGCAUGUCACUUGGAGCUGCUUUUGCAGAACAUUGAUUUUCCAUCUAUGUCAGUGGCAAAUCUGAAGCGCUUGAGUCGUUUCUCCCAAUCUGCUGGAGCCAGUGGCCCUGGUCUCAGCAGGGCAGUGAACGAUGCCUUGCGCCUUCACCGAAAGCGUCAAGCCGAUGGAUCGUCGGAGAAACACCAGCCAAAAAGACGUUGUUUAAAGCACUGGUGCCCGGAUUUGGGCGCUGACGGUGACAGUGCUUGCCAGCCAGUGACUCCACCUGUGUAUGGUUUGGGCUUUUGCUGGCACGACGGUGCCCUCUACAUAGCAGUUUUGUCAAGCAAGAGGGUUCUUCGUUGCAGACCAGGUGAGAGUGAAUGUCAGAUUGUGGCAGGGGUGGGGGCCGCAGUCAACGGUCACAACCAACUGCACUCGCCCAUUGAUGUGGCCGUUUCACCAUCAGGUGACGUCUUUGUCUUGAACAUGGAGGCUCGAGACCGCCGGUCAUUGCUGAAAUUCUCAAAUGGCCAUGGUGAAGUUUUGUUGCAGACACCAGGCUUGACGCGUGUGGACUGCUCGGCAAAUGGAGUGCUUUACGUUGUGGACAAUGAUGGGACGAAGGUGCAGCGAGUCGAUGGCUCAGUGCUCACACCAGUCCUGGACAGCAGCGAACUUCCCGAAGAUCAACGUUUCAUUGCAAGUCAAUUGUUUGUCACGAGUGAGGAGACUGUCUACCUCAGUGAUCUUCGAGGGAAACGAGUGCUACGCUUCAGUCCUGGUAGCCCGCAGCCCACCACUGUCGGAAACUUCCAGCAGGAAGGUGCGGUAAGAUUGGCAGGGUUGUUUGUGACGGAGAGCCGAAAGAUCUAUGUCGCAGACCUUGCGCGUAAACGCAUUUGGGUGUUGAAUGAAGGCGAGACCACCAGCACGCAACUGGACCUGGUGCAACGGCGCCAGAGGCAGAGUGUGAGUCAGAGGACCCAGCGCUUCGAUGCCGAGACACUCCUCGAGCAAUCGGACAUCUAUCGGUCGAGGAGGUCGCAGAUGGCCAGCAUGGACGAGUCCUCCUGGUCUCCGAGCUCCGCUUGCUCCCCCCACGGGGCGCUGCACGACGCGCCGGAGGCAGGGCGCGGCGCGGCGGAGAUCGAAGGCUCCAGCGCGGAGGAACUCGGCCGGGGCUGGUUGCCGGAGCUGGAGGGCACCAUGAGCGACGAGGACUUGCAGCCCGAAGCCCCCGUUUGCAAUCAUGAACAGACUGCAUGCAGACCAGUGUCCUCCCUGGCGCAGUCGGCCAAAGCCUUCAUGGAGAAGCGUCGUCAGGUGGAAGAAGCCGAAUCGAGUGCAGCACUGGAGUGGCAGCAAUUCAUCUUGAAGAAGACCUCUGUGGUGGAGGAGCCUGAAGUGGCGGAGGAGACACCCAAGGCUCACCGUGUGGCACCCUUAUCGAUCGCGGAGCUCUAUCAGCUCUGCAAUCAGGUCUCGAAGACCUUGCUCAUCCCCAUUACUGAGGUGAAGAGUUGCUUCGACGACUUUUGCACCUUAGACCUGGACGGCAGCUUCUCCUUGUCCGCCGACGAGUUCGAGCGGGCGGUGCGGAAGUCCUGCAAGAUCACGGAGGAUGAGCCACUGCCACAGAACCUGGCUUUGAAGUACUCCCAGAUGGAUGCCGAUGGCAAUCGCGUCGUCGACUUCAAGGAGUACGUGCGCUGGUCCCAGGGCGCCAGCUGGUCGGAGCAGCUCUUGGUGCGCGACGAGCGCGACCGCGAAGCGCGGAAGUUGGCCCGGCAGCACGGGAUCCACCUGUUGGACGUGGAGCGGCUCCGGCGUGUCUUCGACCGCCACAGCAGCCAGACCGACCGGGUUAUCACGCAAGACCGCUUUGGGCACGUGAUUCGUAGCAUUUUAAAGGUCACGGACCCCAGCGACGUGCCCUCCAGCCGUUUGGAGCGCUAUUGGCGCGAGAUCGACCUGGACGCCAGUGGCACGGUGGACUUCGAGGAGUCUUCUGGCGGCACGGUGGACCUGGCGCACACACCGCGCUCGGCCAAGGCUUGA